AUGAGUGAAGAAGACAGUUAAGAAUUGGAGAGUGAAUAAGAGGAAGAAGAAGAAGAACAAGAAGAAGUAGAAGAAUAAGAAUAACAACCACCUAAGGAUGAAUUUAAUGAAUUUAGAAAGUAUAAUGCUUUUUCAACAUAUGCAUAAUUAGAAAGAGGUUAAUAAUAAUAAUAUAAUAAUCAUAAUCCUUUAGAAUAUUAUUAUUAAAAUAAUAUUCCAAUCCCUUACUAACCAUAAGUUAACGAUUAUGAUAGACUAUAGAGGCAUCAAAAUUAAAUAGAUAAUGCUAACUUUGCACUUAAAAUGUUAUAAAAUCCAAAAAUACCUAUGUAAAGUUUUUAUGACAAUUAUCCUCCGUCAUAACAAUAAUAUAAUACUCAUUUUUAUCAAUAAGAAAAUUUUCAUCAUUAACAAAAUAAUUAUUAAAUGCCUCCUCCUCCUCCACCAUAAUAUUAAAGGAAAAGAUCAUAUGAUGAAAAUAUUCCAAAUCCAUAUCAAUAAUAAUAAAACGAUUAGAGAAGAAGAAAUUCAUUUAAGGAAUAAAAUGUCAUUCCAAAUUCACAUAUGCCUUAAUAUCCAAUUAAAUAUUAAUAAUAAUAAUAUAGUCCAUCUCCAAAUCUAUAUGUACCUUAACAGUAAUAAGUAUUUUAAUAGCCAAAUCAAUAUCAUUAUUAAUAACCAAUUUAAGAUGAAUAUGAUUAUUAUUAAUCAUAGAAUUACCCAAAAUAAUACGAAGAUAAUGUUAAUAAUAAUUAUUAACAUUAGUAAAGACCUUCUAGACCUCCAAUACCUAAAUAGAAUGGUCAGAAGGAAGAAAAUAAACUAAUUUUAUUUAAAAAUGAUGAUUAAUAAAUUGAUUAAGAAUACUUAGAAUUUAUUCAUUUUAAAGAGGCAGCAAAAAAAUAACAAAAAAUAAUUGAUGAAAAUGAAUAUUAAGAUUUCAUAGAAUUUAAAAAAUCAAAAUUAUAAUAACAAACAAAUAAUGUUGGAUAAAUAAAUCAGCAAAAAUAAAUAAAAGAAUUAUAUAAGAGAACAAAUUAAAGUUUACUAUUUAAAUAAUUUUAGUUUCAAAUGAAGAUUAACUGAGGCCUAAAUUCAAUGAAACUAAAUUUGAAAGAAAACCCGGUGAAAAUUAUAAAUAGAAAUAUGUUGCUCCAUAAUUGGAUGCUAUUAUGGAGAUUCAAAAGGCUAUGUAAAUUUUAAUGAAGAAAUGA